ACCCUUCCACUCAGCCUCAUUUACCCUUGUCCCGCCCAUUCUCCGCCCCAGUCCCUUUCGGACAUUACGUGCUGGGAUAAGCGAACAUGUCCCACUCUCGCAUCAAAAGGGGAUGUGGAUGUGGAUGUGAAUGUGCAUAUGCAUGAGAGCGAGGGCUUGCAGAAAUUACCCUACAGCCUCGGUUGUCAGGUUAAUACAUGGUCCUUUCUGCUUUUGAGGCGCGAGGCUGAGCAGAAUCAGUUGAACCGACGGCAGGCCCCCCAUUAUUUCCUCCAAACAGGGUGUCGGCUUGCACGCCCUACAUUGCCCUUUACCCAGUCGAGUAAAUCCCAUCGCCUCGCAGGCCAUGGCAUCCGCACAAGUUCCUUUGGUCCUAUCGCCCAACCAGCACCCAGCAAGGUCCCGGCUUGUUUGCCAUGUACUUUCUUUCUAAUUAUGGCAUCCAUCACUCGCCUUUCCCUUUACCAAAAAAACGCGUCACACCAUGGAUCAACUGCGCCUACCUUACGUACGCCUGCCUACUGUGGAUGCGGCUUAGUUCGAUAAAGGAAAUCGAUGCGCCGGCCUGGAAUGUUUUUUUUUGGUUGGGACGGCCCCCCGUGUCCCGUAUUCGUACACCUUGUAGGUUUAAGGGGGGGGGUGGCUAAGUAAGUGUAAUAACACGGGAAUGGCGCCACCUUUGCUUUUGCUUUUUUUCUCUCUUCUCUCUUUCUGCUAAGCCCGGAUAUGUACGUAGUACGUACGUAUUCCACGUAUUCCAUGGCUGUGUUUCCUCUAUUUCCGCGUUUUGCCCGUUGCUCCCCGAUUUACACAACCAAGUAUAGGUAUUUUACCGCCCUGCUCUUCCGUGCCCUUGUGCGGCUCAAGUCGAUAAACUUUGUUUCUGUGACAUGAUGCUGCUGGUAAUAUCGUGUCAGGUCGACUCUUUUUUUUUUU